AUGCCUACUCUGCACAUACUCCCACCUGAAGUAGGGAGACUGACACAGUUAGAAAAGCUGGACCUGUGCUCUAACCCACUACAGACGUUACCCGCGGAAGUUGGACAUUGCACCAACGUCAAACACUUGGCUCUGUCCCACUGCCAGCUGCGCACACUCCCAUUUGAAGUGUGGAAACUGACACAGUUAGAAUGGCUGGACCUGAGCGAUAUCCCACUACAGACGUUACCCGCGGAAAUUGGACAGCAUACUAAAGUCAGACACUUGAAUCUGUCCCAUUGUGAGCUGUACACAUUUCCACCUGAAGUAGGGAGACUGACACAGUUAGAACAGCUGGACCUGGGCUCUAACCCACUACAGACGUUACCCGUGGAAGUUGGACAGCUCACUAGCGUCAGACACUUGGAUCUGUCCAACUGCGAUCUGCACACACUCCCACCUGAAGUGGGGAAACUGACACAGUUAGAAUGGAUGGACCUGAGAUCUAACCCACUACAGACGUUACCCGUGGAAGUUGGGCAGCUCACUAGCGUCAGACACUUGGAUCUGUCCAACUGCGAUCUGCACAAACUCCCACCUGAAGUGGGGAAACUGACACAGUUAGAAUGGAUGGACCUGAGAUCUAACCCACUACAGAGGUUACCCGCGGAAGUUGGACAGCUCACCAAUGUCAACCACUUGGAUCUGUCACGAUGCCAGCUGCGCAAACUCCCACCUGAAGUGUGGAAACUGACACAGUUAGAAUGGCUGGACCUGAGCGGUAACCCACUACAGACGUUACCCGCAGAAUUUGGACAGCUCACUAACGUCAAACACUUGAACCUGGCAAACUGCCAGCUGCACACACUCCCACCUGAAGUGGGGAGACUGACACAGUUAGAAUGGCUGGAACUGAGAUCUAACCCACUACAGACGUUACCCACGGAAGUUGGACAUCUCACUAACGUCAAAUACUUAAAUCUGUCCCACUGCCAGCUGCACAUACUCCCACCUGAAGUAGGGAGACUGACACAGUUAGAAAAGCUGGACCUGUGCUCUAACCCACUACAGACGUUACCCGCGGAAGUUGGACAUUGCACCAACGUCAAACACUUGGCUCUGUCCCACUGCCAGCUGCGCACACUCCCAUUUGAAGUGUGGAAACUGACACAGUUAGAAUGGCUGGACCUGAGCGAUAUCCCACUACAGACAUUACCCGCGGAAAUUGGACAGCAUACUAAAGUCAAACACUUGAAUCUGUCCCAUUGUGAGCUGUACACAUUUCCACCUGAAGUAGGGAAACUGACACAGUUAGAACAGCUGGACCUGGGCUCUAACCCACUACAGACGUUACCCGUGGAAGUUGGGCAGCUCACUAGCGUCAGACACUUGGAUCUGUCCAACUGCGAUCUGCACACACUCCCACCUGAAGUGGGGAAACUGACACAGUUAGAAUGGAUGGACCUGAAAUCUAACCCACUACAGACGUUACCCGUGGAAGUUGGGCAGCUCACUAGCGUCAGACACUUGGAUCUGUCCAACUGCGAUCUGCACAAACUCCCACCUGAAGUGGGGAAACUGACACAGUUAGAAUGGAUGGACCUGAGAUCUAACCCACUACAUGCGUUACCCGCGGAAGUUGGACAGCUCACUAACGUAAAGCACUUGGAUCUGUCACGAUGCCAGCUGCGCACACUCCCACCUGAAGUAGAGAGACUGACAAAGUUAUAUUGGCUGGGCCUGAGCGAUAACCCACUACAGACUUUACCCGCGGAAGUUGGACAGCUCACCAAUGUCAACCACUUGGAUCUGUCACGAUGCCAGCUGCGCAAACUCCCACCUGAAGUGUGGAAACUGACACAGUUAGAAUGGAUGGACCUGAGCGGUAACCCACUACAGACGUUACCCGCAGAAGUUGGACAGCUCACUAAUGUCAAACACUUGAACCUGGCCAACUGCCAGCUGCGCACACUCCCACAUGAAAUGGGGAAACUGACACAGUUAGAAUGGCUUGACCUGAACUCUAACCCACUACAGGCGUUACCCGUGGAAGUUGGACAGCUCACUAAAGUUUCACACCUAUAUGUCUAUGGAGAUCCUCUUAUAAAACCACCAGUAGAAGUCUGUAGUCAGGGGAUUUCCGGUAUUAGACAAUACUUUGACGAACUAGAACGCUCAGAAGAAAAUGUAAGCGCUCGUCUGAAAGUGGUCGUAUUGGGAGAGAAAAUGGCUGGAAAAACAAGCCUGGUACAAACGCUGCGCAGGGGCGUGUCCUCUCUGACAGAAGAAGAGGAUCGCACACACUGUGUAGAGAUAACUCAGUGGACACCUGAUGACAACAUCACGUUUGAAGUGUACGACUUUGGCGGACACGACGUGUACCAUCUCACUCAUCAGUUUUUCUUGACACAAGAUGCCUUCUACCUAUUACUCGUGAACCUUGAGACAUACAGCUGCACUGAACAGCGUUACACAGAAGCCGUGGGGUUUUGGCUGGACACAGUGAAUGCCCGAGUGCCGGGGGCGGUGGUUUCAUUGGUCGGGAGUAAGAAGGAUCGUUGUCGAUCUUAUGAUGUAAUAAGAGAGGAUAUUCAGAGAAGAAUUGAACUGCAAAAGGAGAUGUGGGAAAGACAACGCAUUGCAAGACUGACGAGCAUUCAGGCGUCGCAACAGACUGGUUCCUCCGAGUUAAUGGAAGACAUAUCCCAACAACUUGCACAUAUAGAUUACCUAUCGAGGCAAAGACUCCGUAUUGUUGGAAACUUACUUUGUGUUUCUGUAAAACCGGAGUCCUGGUUUGGGAGAUUUUUUUCUAGAUCUCCAUCCUGGGUGAGUCUGAGGAAUCUUCUGUUAGAAACAGCAAAUAACAAAACAUUGUUUCCGACGUUAAGAAGAGUCUUGCCAAAGACAUGGGUGUUGUUUCAACAGUUGCUUAAAGUUUCGAUGGAUACGGAAACUGAAAGCUCUGACGAAGAAGGCUCUGACGAUAAAAGUCUAUCAUCUGGAGAAACGUCUUCACACGGGAGAACAAAACAGCCUGCACGAUACUGGCUGACAUUGACUGAGUUUAAACGCAUUGGAAGACUCGCAGAACUCUCAGUAGAGAGACUGGAGCCAGUCCUGUCUUACCUGCAGCAGGUGGGAACCAUUCUCAGGUACACUGACAUACCUGAACUCAAGGAGCUUGUCUUCCAUGAUCCUCCUGCCCUGAUUGAAUUCUUCAAGAAUCUGUUCCAUCACAGUACCAAAGCAAUAUUCGAAACACCCAGACUACAGAGUGCUAAUUAUACACGCGUACAGCUGAGUGGUUUUGAAAAGGAUCUUUGCGACUGUGGACUGAUCCGGAAGGAUGUGCUGACAUGUAUGCUACCGCCAAAUAUCUCUCCCGACAUUGUUACAGCUCUGAUGCAGCAUUUUGGUCUUUGCUUUGAGUUAAAAGUCAGUGAUAAAACAGACCCCGCUCAACACACUGUUCUGUACAAAAUACCUUGGUACCUGCACAAGCAAACGCCAGGGGAGUUGAUGAGUGUUUGGCAAGAACACUUGCCAGAGGAACAAGAACAGCUACAGCUGAUGUGUGACAUCAGAGGAUUCUGUCCCCGGGGACUGUUUCAGAGGUUCAGUGUUGGGAUUCACCAUCUUGUCAAGGACAGGAUAGACUGGAAAGACGGCCUCAUGGCCUACAGACAAGACUAUCCCAUACUGGUGUGUUCCAAACCUGUUGCAGACGACACCUACAUCACCAUGGCAACCAGAGGCAGGCUUCCCCAGGCAGGUGAGAUGUGGGGCGUGGUCCACCCACUGCUGGAGGUGCUGAUCCAGCUGCUGCAGGAGUGGCCAGGUGUGCUGUACUCCCUCCACGUCACCUGUGCGCACUGCAUCAAGGCAAGACUGGACAACCCGCACCAGUACGACCUGAGGGACCGGACUGCAGAUGACGGCCGUGACGUCAGGUGUCCCAGAGUCAAACAUACAGCAUCUACCUCGGCAGACAUUGUCUACAGACCAAGCAGGUUGUCCGUUGUCACGAGUAGAACAUCCCUGACCCAAAUGAGGCCAUCUCAGCAAAAUGACUACUACAAGAUGACCUCCGACCCGCGCGGUCUCGCCCUGAUCAUCAGCAACAUCAACUUUACAGACCCGAGUAGGAACAGACCAGGAGGGGAGAAGGACCUGGACAGGCUCAGGAAGAUUUGUGAGAAACUCAAGCUGCAGCAGAAGAUCAGAGAAGACCUUACAGCUCAGGAAAUUGAAGCUGCAGCAAACGACGUCUCCAGGAGAGAUCACAGCAGCUACGACUGUUUCGUGCUGUUCCUUCUGACGCAUGGUGACGUUGCAGGAGUGCUGGGCACAGACGGACAGCACGUGUCUGCGGAAAACAUCGUUUCUAGUUUCCAGGCCUGUCAGAGUCUUGUGGGCAAGCCUAAAAUCUUCUUUAUCCAGGCCUGUAGAGGAGUUGACAGGGACCCGGGGCAGGAACACACAGACACUACCGGUACCCUCGAUGAAGGACGCAGCACCCCACAAGCCGGGAGAGAAGCAUCAGAUGGAGCAACUGAGACCACUAAGUCACCACCUCCUCCCACAUCAGCACCAGCCGCAUCUGCAGCAUCUUUGGAGAGUCCUGAUGCUGGAGAGAGAACCUUACCGACGGCGAGCGACCGGCUAGUGAUGUACGCGACAGUGCAUGAACAACUGACGUGGCUGUUUAUAGUUUAA